AUGUUAUCCAUGGAGGCUUCAUCAACGCCCUCAACUUUUCAUGAUUUAUAUUCCUUCGGAAUUCAAGUUUUGAAUACCAAAGAUACAGAUGAAAAAGUUAAUCUCUCAUUUCUCGCUCAACAACUUUAUGAAGAUGGAAAAAUACGUGUGAGGCCUUUGGAUCCCAAUGAAAUGGUAAAAGUGAGACCUCCGAGUGUUCCGGCUCGUCCCGAUAAUAUCACCAUUGUUCAUCCGAAACAAUUACAUAAAAGAGGAGCAGGAACUGUGGAAAAUAGAGCAGCUUUGAUUCAUUCCAUUUGUCAUAUGGAAUCUUACGCUAUUGAUUUGAGUUGGGACAUUUUAUGUCGAUUCGCAAUUCUCGAUUAUUUACCUGACGAAUUUCUCAUUGAUUGGUUUUAUGUUGCAUUGGAUGAAUGUCGACAUUUCAAAAUGUUAAGCAAACGAUUGACAGAAUUAGCAAGUUUUUAUGGUCAGUUCCCAGCACAUGGAGGAUUAUGGGCAGCCGCUACUGCCACUGAAAAUGAUGUCAUGUUACGUUUAUGUAUUUUACACACAGUUCAUGAGGCACGUGGCUUGGACAUGACCCCAAACAAUAUUCGAAGAUUGAGAGAAGCCAAAGAUUUUGAAAGUGCUGACUUGUUGAAUGUAAUAUUGGAAGAAGAAGUGAGUCAUGUGCAGAAAGGAGUGAAAUGGUUCAAGUUUUGUUGUGCCCAUGCCAUUCGAGAGGAACGAAGAAAGAACAGAGAAGAAAUGCAACAACAAGAUAGCACACAAGAGGAGGAAGUGGACGAGAAUUUAAUUCGACAACGAUUUCAUCAUUUGGUGCGAAACCAUACAGCCACAGGAGUGUUGCGUCCACCGUUCAAUCAUGAGUUGAGAUUGAAAGCAGGAUUCACAAAGGACUGGUAUGAACCUCUCAUUCCUAGUGAUGAGACAAAUGCAUCUCCUUCACACGCAACUACAAGCAAUGAUGAAGAAGAAGUCAUUCAUUAA